AGCUGGCGUCGCAGCUCCGGGGCCGCCGGAGGAAGCAGCGGGAGCACCGGCGCCCGGGACGUGCGUGUUCCUGCGGCCGCCGUGUCUUCGCUCCGCUCGGGCCCGUCCGGCGGCCUCUACACUCCCGGCCCUGCCGGCUUCUCAUGGCUCCCGCCCAGCGGCCGCUCGCUGCCUUGUUGUGGGUUUCAGAGUUUGGUUGCUUAAGGAGGAUGUGAUUUUUUUUGGUGAUUAUUUCUUUUUCCUUUUAUGAUUUGAAAAAGAAAAAAGAACUCUGCGCGCCAGGCCGUGGACAGCGAAGCGCCACCAGGCGACCCCACGUGUGCGCGUACCGGCGAACGGGAGUUGGAAGCAAACUUCUUCCAUCUGGCCUUGAGGCCUGAACGGUGGACUCUAAGGCUUGGGGCCAUGACCCUCAUGCUGGACAGGUGGAAGUCUUUACCUGCCCUGGGCUGGACUUGAACUUCGGACCUUCCCCGGCAAUCUCUCUUCCCUGCUCCCCUCACUCACACCGGGCACCGUGCUAGGCCGGAGCACCUGGCUGCGACAUGGAUAAGUACGACGACCUUGGCCUGGAGGCCAGUAAAUUCAUUGAGGACUUGAACAUGUACGAGGCCUCCAAGGAUGGGCUUUUCCGAGUGGACAGAGGUGCAGGCAACAACCCGGAGUUUGAGGAAACACGCAGGGUGUUCGCCACCAAGAUGGCCAAAAUCCACCUCCAGCAGCAGCAACAGCUCCUGCAGGAGGAGGCCCUACCCAGGGGAGGCCGAGCCCCGGUCAAUGGUGGGGGCCGCCUAGGCCAGCAGGCCCAGCGGGAAGCUGGUGUGGGCAGCAAGCUAGCCCUGGAUGGUGCCGCCAAGCCUCCUCUGGCUGCCUCUACAGUGGCACCUGGGGCAGCCACUGCCAUCGCUGCUGUGCAGCCCUUGUACCCACCCCAGGAGCAGAGGGCCAGGCCGUAUUCCCAAGGCAUGAGGCUUGGCAGUCAGAACUAUGGCUCUGAGAAGUGCCUGGCGAGUUCUGAGAUGUCUGCUUUCCACCUACCAGGUCCCUGUGAGGACUCUUCCUGCCUCACUCAUGGAGACUAUUACGACAACCUCUCUUUGGCAAGCCCCAAGUGCAGCAACGAGCCAGGAGUGUCCCCUAACAUCAAGCCGGGUAUAGGGAGUGGGUGGCCUGGCCCCUCAGGAAGUGACCCAUCAUUGCCCAGACCCUCUGGAGACCAUCGCCUGUACCAGCCACAGCUGUCCCGGAGCUCCAGCAGGUCCUUUGAUAGUGGCCUCGGUGGCCACAAUGGUGGCAUUGGUGGCCGUCGUAGUGAGAAGCCAGUGGGCCCUUGGCCCACCUCCUCCUCCCAGCGGGUGAAUUCUGUCCUCCUUUCCCCAGACCUGGAAAACGGGCCUCCCCUGGGGCCUGCUCAGCCCAGGACCCCUUCUUUCUCAGCACCCCUGACCCUGAGCUGCACCCGUCAAGGAGCUCUUCCAAGAGCAAACUCAGUGGGGGGUGAGGUUUCUGGUGUGAUGUCCAAACACGCUGUGGACCAGAAACCCUGGUUCCCAGAUGGCCCCAAAUCUUACCUUUCUAGUUCUGCCCCAUCAUCCUCGUCUGCAGGCACGGAAAGCUCGCAAAAGGCUGUGACCUCUAGGCUAGGUCCCAAGCCUGGCAGCACAGAACCUGGCACUGGUCCCAAGGUCAGCUCCACCAACCUUGUCCAUCCAGCGAUGUCCACCCCACCUGAGGUAUCCUGUAAAGAGGGUCUCCCCUGCUGGUCUCCUGAUGGCAGCCUGGGGCCUGUGCUCCCCCCAGAGAAUCCCAGCCCCCCUAGGGUGAGGCUGCCUUGCCAGACCCUUGUCCCUGGCCCUGAGCUUGGACCAUCGGCCGCUGAAUUGAAAUUAGAAGCCCUUACCCAGCACCUGGAGCGGGAGAUGGAUGCCCACCCGAAGGCUGAUUACUUUGGAGCCUGUGUGAAAUGCAGCAAAGGGGUCUUUGGGGCCGACCAGGCCUGCCAGGCCAUGGGGAACCUCUACCACGACACGUGCUUCACCUGUGCGGCCUGCAGCCGGAAGCUCAGGGGAAAAGCCUUUUAUUUUGUCAACGGCAAAGUGUUUUGUGAGGAGGACUUCCUGUACUCUGGUUUCCAGCAGUCUGCUGACAGGUGUUUUCUUUGUGGACACCUGAUAAUGGAUAUGAUCCUGCAGGCCCUGGGGAAAUCCUACCACCCCGGCUGUUUCCGCUGUGUCAUCUGCAAUGAGUGUUUGGACGGCGUGCCCUUCACCGUGGACUCAGAGAAUAAGAUCUACUGUGUCCGAGAUUACCACAAGGUAUUGGCCCCCAAGUGUGCGGCCUGCGGGCUUCCCAUCCUUCCACCCGAGGGCUCAGACGAGACCAUCCGCGUUGUGUCCAUGGACAGAGACUACCACGUGGAGUGCUACCACUGCGAGGACUGCGGCCUGGAGCUCAAUGAUGAAGACGGCCACCGCUGCUACCCGCUGGAGGACCACCUGUUCUGUCACUCCUGCCACGUCAAGAGGCUGGAGAAAGGCCCCUCGCCAGCCGCCCUUCACCAGCACCACUUCUAGCCAGGCCUCUACAUGGAGAAAUCUGCCAGUUAAUUUCCAGUGGGGUUGGGAUGGGGGGAAAGGAAGGGUGGGCAGGCAAGUUCCCACACAGGUGUGUGCACGCCUUUCGCUAAACCAGGGAGGUGAAACAUGACCUGUCUGGUGCAGGCAUCUUCCAAGUGCCUUUCUCCGCUGCCACGCCAUCGUCAGGUUACUCAGACACUCUAGCAAGUACAUGGCAUGCGACAGUAAGAUCCGUCGGUGAAACCAGGCUAACCCUCCCGUCCCCUCUGGGAGAAGUUCCUGCUUCAGAGGGAGAGGUUAACCUUCAGCGGAUUUCACAGUGUCGCCUGAAGAGAGUGUUCAGCUGUCGAUCCAUUCACCUCUUUCCUCACCCCCUGAGGAAGAUACGUGCACCCAGAUACCUGCCUCUCACAUACACUCACACACACACACACACAC